AGAGCUAGGCGCUCCACACACACAGCUGGAUGCUGUCCGGCCUUUUAAAAGGGGAUUUAUGUGGAGCUUACUUUAGAAUGACUACAGAGAACUGCACAAUAAACAAGACCUUUUUAGGGCUGUAAAUGCAGCUCAAUUGAAUUAGGAAAUAAUUACAAAAUAUUUAUUUUAAAAGGUGAUCAUUUUUCCACAUUUGGCUUUUAGAUUUUUUUUUUUUUUGGCACACCUUCCUUAAUUGUUCACAGGGGAUAUCUGACAAGCAUCACAUUUUCGGGUACAAAUAGAUAAAACAGCACUAAUGAAAUUUUUGUCCUAUUCCAGCAUAAAGAGGUAAACUGUGUCAUUUGAAACCUAGUGCGGAUUUCCACACAGACUACACUGAGAUCCUGUUUGAGAGAGAAUGAAUCUCCCAGCUCACAACAGGGCUUGGCACUGACAGACACGUUGUCACACUUAGGAGUGCAGAACCUCUCUCCAUUUUUUGGCACUCCCCCUCCUCCUCCCAGCAUCUCUAAUAAGACACAUGCUCCUGGGCUGGGCUGCUCACUCACACCAGCCUUUCCUGGCUUCUGCUGUUACGUGCUACACACUCCUUACAGUUCUGCAUGGCUUCAUGGGUGGAAGAGCUGUGCCCUUUCUGCCCACACAUUCAUCAUCUCAUCGUUGAUCUCCACACCUGAACCCAGCACUGAAUCCCCAAUUCCCUCUCAUCCUUACCCUCUGCGUUAUGGCUUGUGCCCUGGGUGUGCUUGGUUUUGCAGCUGUAUUACUUUCUGCUCAAGGAAGGGGAGUCCGCAGUGGGCAGUAAACAGGUCCACCUGCCUCAUCGUGGUAAAGGGGGACACCUCGCCACAUCUGUCUGCCUGCAGGGGGAGUGCCAGCACCGCUGGGCAGCAGGGACUAUGCAGCUGGGACUGCUGGCGCUGGUGGUGGUCUUCCUCAGCUCUAUGGGUUACAGCGACAGCCUCAAGAUCCCCAGAGGAAGGAGGCAGAGACACACAAGUACUGAAGUGCCAGCAUCAUGCUCCAGUGGCUGUGAAAGCUGCUCCGAAUACAACGGAUGCACAAAAUGUCGACCACGACUUUUCAUCCUCUUGGAAAGAAGUGACAUCCGUCAGACAGGGGUGUGCCUUGCCACUUGUCCUGUUGGAUAUUACGGCAUUCGAAACCGGGAUGUGAACAGGUGCACACAAUGCAAAAUAGAAAACUGCGCUGACUGUUUCAGUCGAACAUUUUGUGCAAAAUGUAAGGAGGGCUUAUAUUCAUACAGUGGCAGGUGUUACCACAGCUGCCCUGAAGGCUUAAUCACUGUCAACAGCACCAUGGAGUGUGUAGUGCGAUGUGAGCUGGGUGAAUGGAGUCCAUGGGGCCCUUGCAUGAAGAAAAACAAAACAUGUGGUUUCAAAAAGGGCAGCCAAAGCCGUAGAAGGGAGCCUACACAGCCCCCUAGUCCGGCCACCAUCAGUGGGUCUGCAUCUCUUUCAAUCUGCGCUCCUGAGACUGAGACGCAGAAAUGCAGUGUGCCGAAGAGGAUCCCCUGUGGAAAAGGAGACAAGGGGACAACGCCUAAGAACCAAGGAACAUUAAAUGGCAAAAACCGUGGUCGGGACUCAAAGGAAAGUAAUAAAGGGGGAGGGAAGAGGAGAAAGGCCCAAAGUCCAUCUACUACUGCUCCAUCAAUGAUAACAAGCACCAUCACUUGACCUGAUGGUGGCAUAUGGGGGCUAAAAGAUGGAAAGAAGAUGGUCCAUCCUGAAAGGCUGCUGAGUGUUACUUAAUUGUGACACUAUCAGACUGAUAUUGAAACGGAAUAAUAAUGCUGCUGCACAUUCAUGAAAAUGCUCAAAAGGAACUGGAGGAUUGCUGCAAUAAGUAAUAAAAUGUGUACUGUUUUAUGUUAGACAUAGAGAAAAGAUGUUUGUUCGUGCAAUUGGAAGCACUUUGAAAGACUGCCCUUAUGAAGGAUCAUGCUUUUGUAAACAAUGUUUUGUGGGUGAAAUGCAUUGUAUGUCCCGCUUUUACAUUUGACUAAAGACGUCUAUGCCCACAUUAUGAAAGACAAAUGAGCUCUUCCUUCCGUAAGCUGACUUAUGCACAUUUACAACACAUUAGCCUGUUGCUCUUUUCCAAAUCUUACAUUGAUUCAUUUUCUAAUGUUGGCUCUGCUUUAUUUUGUGAAAGAUACCAAUCAAAAGCAGGAAUUGAUAGCCUUCUUCUCUUAAUAUUUCUGUUGUAUAAUGAUACCGAAGCAAAUCACUGGAACUAAUUUCUGUUUUUAUUGUAAAACUUAGUUUUUUCUCUUUUUAAAGCAAUUUUGGACAAAAAUGAUUCAAAACCAACUAUAAUAGGAUGUCUAAAGAUAGGACAAACUUAAUCCUUGGUUCUUAGACAAAGAUCCUUGGUUUCUUAGACAAAGCUUUUCACUUUUCACUUUUAGCUGUCUAUGUAUAACAAAAGGCUGAUCAAAGAGAACAAUAAUCCACUCAAAUAGAGUUAUGAAUGUAUAUUUGAUUUGGUUGGGAGCAGUGAGCCGUGUUUGUGUUCAGACAGAAUGAUCAGAAGAGUUUGUAAGGAAUUGCAUGUAACAUACACCUGUAUUGGGUCAGACUAUGGGUGAGUAUGUGUGCAUGUGUCCGUGUGUGUGUGUGUGUGUGUGUGUGUGAGAGAGACAGAUAGCAGGCAAAAGGAAAAUUGUACGAGCACAUUAUUUCACUAGCCUGUACACACAGUACAGCAAUCUACAUACCACAUGCCUCUUCAGUUAUUAUACAUAUCUUUGCAACAGGUUCAUCUAUAUUUAGCAAAUAAUCCAUAAAGUUCAGAAAUAUCCAGCACUAUCAGAGAAGGCAAUGCUCUAGCACAUAAGUGAUGCAUUUCUACUUACACUGACAGUUUUUGUAGCAAAUUUUGACACAAGAAUACUCGCUUCUUCAGUAGAUAUUGAGCGUGGACAUUCCUGAUGUGGUGUCUUACUGAAAUGGUCUACUUCAGUGUAUGUUGAUCAUGAUUACUUAAUACAAUAUUAAUACAAUAUACCUUAUGUUAUUGUAUAUCUUAUUAUUUGAAAUUCCUGCAUAAAAUAAAAUCUAGAUAUUACAUUUUGCAAGA